UGCAAGACCUCAGCUUUGCUGGUCAUCAGCUGCGUUGCGAGGAACGACCUACAGUGUUAAUUGAACCAUGCCUCCUUGGAGCAGGACAGUCAGGGAGAGAUAUGGAGUGGCCAUCUUCAAUUUUGAGGCACAGAGGGAUCCUCAGCUCUCGCUCUGCGUCGGGGAUACAGUGCAAAUCCUGGAGAAGUGCGAAGGUUGGUACAGAGGGUCUUUGAUGAAAAACAAGUCACAACGGGGUGUGUUUCCAGCAUCAUUCGUUCAUGUUAAAGAAGCUGUCAUCGAGAAAAGAGGGAAUAGGGAGAAUGUUUUCUCUGGUGAAAUGCCUUUGGUACAGGAGGUCACCACCACGCUGAGGGAGUGGGGCAUCAUCUGGAAGCAGCUGUAUACGACGAGCAAGAAGGAAAAAUACCUUCAGGUUCGCUCCAUGAUGUUCGACUUGAUGGAAUGGCGAUCCCAGCUGCUUUCAGGAACGCUGCCCAAGGAUGAACUAAAGGAACUAAAGCAGAAAGUCACCUCCAGAAUAGAUUAUGGGAACAGGAUUCUUGAACUUGACCUUGUUGUCAGGGAUGAGAAUGGCAACAUUAUGGACCCAGAUGAAACCAGUGUCAUUAGCUUAUUCCAUGCUCAUGAGGAGGCCUCGAAACAAAUCUCUGAGUGGAUAAAGGAAGAAAUGUCUCAGACUCAAACUGACAGCUGCACCUUUGCCCGUAUGGCAUCAUCCCCAACGCACAGCCUCUACGUGUUUGUACGAAACUUUGUGUGUCGGAUAGGAGAGGAUUCUGAACUCUUCAUGGCCUUAUAUGACCCUCAAAAACAAUCAAUCAUCAGUGAAAAUUAUUUAGUGCGAUGGGGAAGUGGAGGCCUCCCGAAAGAAAUUGAUAUGUUGAACAACCUGAAAGUGGUGUUUACUGAUCUGGGAAACAAGGAUUUGAAUCGGGAUAAAAUUUAUCUAAUUUGCCAAAUAGUCCGUGUUGGAAGAAUGGAUCUGAAGGACACGAACCAGAAGAAAUGCACUCAAGGGUUAAGGCGACCUUUUGGGGUGGCAGUUAUGGACAUCACCGAUAUCGUAAAAUGCAAAACAGAAAGUGAUGAAGAGAAGCAGCAUUUUAUUCCUUUCCACCCGUUUGUGGCAGAGAAUGAUUUUCUGCACUCUCUGCUUAAUAGAGUCAUUUCUACCAAAACAGGAGAUGAAAAGGGUCAAGGACUAUGGGUUACAAUGAAAAUGUUGGUGGGGGAUGUUUCCCAGAUCAGAAAGAAUUAUCCACAUCUAGUGGACAGGAACACAGUGGUGGCUAGGAAGUUGGGAUUCCCAGAGAUCAUCAUGCCAGGCGACGUUAGAAAUGACAUUUACAUCACCAUCCAGUAUGGAGACUUUGACAAGUACAACAAGACCACACAGAAGAAUGUGGAAGUUAUAAUGUGUGUCUGCAGUGAAGAUGGUAAAAUUAUUCCGAAUGCCAUUUGCCUGGGUGCGGGAGACAAGCCAGUCAGUGAAUAUCGAUCCGUCAUCUACUAUCAGGUCAAGCAGCCCCGUUGGAUAGAGACAAUCAAGGUGGCCAUUCCAAUGGAAGAAAUGCAGAGAAUACACCUGAGGUUUAUGUUUAGACACAGAUCAUCGCAAGAGUCGAAAGACAAGAGUGAAAAGAAUUUUGCAAUGGCCUUCGUAAGACUGAUGAAAGAUGAUGGUACAACACUGCAAGAUGGUCCUCAUGAACUGCUGGUGUACAAAGGCGAUAGCAAGAAAAUGGAAGAAGCCAAUUUAUACUCGAAACUGCCGUCCACGCGCCAGAACGAGUCCAAAGGCUCUACGCUCAGCCGCAGCAACACUACUUUAGGCGGAGGCCUUGCCAGCAGUUCCAGAGACACCUUCGCCAUUACAACCCUUGUGUGCUCCACAAAACUCACACAGAAUGUGGGUUUGCUGGGCCUUCUGAAGUGGAGAACCAAGCCUGAGCUCUUGCAAGAAAACUUAGAGAAACUGAAGAUAGUGGAUGGAGAAGAGGUAGUUAAGUUCCUCCAGGACACCCUAGAUGCACUCUUCAACAUCAUGAUGGAGCAUUCCGACACGGAGAAGUACGACAUCCUCGUCUUUGAUGCUUUGAUAUACAUCAUAGGUCUGAUCGCUGACAGGAAAUUCCAGCACUUCAAUGCUGUCCUUGAAGCUUACAUCAAGCAGCACUUCAGUGCCACCUUGGCUUAUAAGAAACUGAUGACUGUGUUGAAAAACUAUCUGGAUAUCUGUUGUGAAGGAAGGCAGUGUGAACCAAUCUUACGGACAUUGAAAGCACUAGAGUACAUCUUUAAGUUCAUUGUGAGGUCUCGAUCAUUAUUUGCACAGCUCUAUGAGGAGAAAGAACAGGCCGAGUUUGAAGAAUCGCUGAAAAAACUAUUUGAGUCUAUCAACAACUUGAUGAAAAGUCAGCAAGUGACCACAAUCCUGCUGCAGGUUGCUUCUUUGAAAUACCUGCCAUCAGUACUGCAUGAUGUGGUGAUGGUCUUUGAUGUCAAGUUAUUGAGCCAGCUUCUGUUGGAGUUUUACACCAGCAUUCCUGCCAAUAAGCUACAGAAACAGAAGAUCCAGUCCAUGACAGAGAUUGUGCGCAGUAAGCUCUUCAAGAAAAAAGAGUGCCGUGACAUACUGCUUCCGAUGAUGACUGAUGAGCUGAAGGCCCAGCUGGAGCAGAAAAAUGAACAACAGCAGAACCCGGAGCUAAAGUACUGCAUCGAGUUACUCAAUAACAUUCUGGAAGUCCUCAGCAAACCUAACGUGGGUUUAACUCAUAAUCAUCUCCAGGGGAUCAUAACAAAGUUGCUCCGAACUGUGAACCAGACGGUUAUUAAUAUGGGAAGAGACCACAACCUGGUUAGUAACUUUGUGGCAUGCAUGACUGCAAUACUCAAGCAGAUGGAUAACAAGCAUUACUCCCAUUAUCUGGAAUCCUUCCGCACAAACCAAGACUUGGUGGAUUUCUUUAUGGAAACCUUCAUCUUAUUCAAAGAUCUGAUUGGGAAGAAUGUCUACCCUCCUGACUGGAUGGCAAUGAGUAUGGUGCAAAACAGAGUCUUUCUCCGAGCGAUUAACAAGUUUGCGGAAACCAUGAACCAAAAAUUCCUGGAGAACAUGAACUUCGAGCAACAGUUGUGGAAUAAUUACUUCCAUCUGGCCGUAAGCUUCAUUACCCAAGAUUCACUGCAGCUGGAACAUUUUUCUCAGGCAAAAUGCACCAAAAUCUUGAACAAAUACGGAGAUAUGAGGCGCCUAAUUGGAUUCAACAUCCGUGACAUGUGGUACAAGCUUGCGCAAAACAAGAUCCACUUCAUCCCAGAGAUGGUUGGCCCAAUCCUUGAAAUGACCCUGAUUCCAGAGAUUGAGCUCCGCAAAGCCACAAUUCCAAUCUUCUUUGACAUGAUGUUGUGCGAGUAUGCUAUGUUCAAUAAGUUUAGGAAGUUCGAAGAUGAAAUAAUCCUGAAGUUGGAUCAUGCAGUGGAGGGAGGAUGUGGUGAUGAGCAGUAUAUGGAGCUCUUCCAGAAGAUCCUCCUGGAAUGUGCUAUGGAACACCCGAGCAUUGCUAAGUCAGUGGAACAUUUCGUCAAACUGGUCAAGGGUCUCCUGGAGAAACUGCUGGAUUAUAGGUCGGUGAUGAGUGAUGAAAGCAAAGGGAACCGUAUGAGUUGCACAGUGAACCUGCUGAAUUUCUACAAGGAUAUAAACCGGGAAGAGAUGUAUAUAAGAUAUCUAUAUAAGCUUCGAGAUCUGCACCUGGACUGUGAAAACUAUACUGAGGCUGCCUACACACUCCUCCUGCAUGCUAAGCUGCUGAAGUGGUCUGAUGAGCAAUGCACCUCGCAUGUUAUGCCAAGAGACUUUCACGAUUCUCAAACACAGCGGCAGCUGAAAGAAUACCUGUACAAAACCAUUAUUAAUUACUUUGACAAGGGAAAGAUGUGGGAGGAAGCCCUGAACCUCUGCAAAGAGCUGGCAGAUCAGUUCGAAAAGGAAAUCUUUGACUACGAGCUUCUCAGCCAGAACUUGAAGCAGCAAGCCACAUUCUACGAGAACAUCAUGAAAAUCCUGCGGCCGACUCCAGAUUAUUUCGCUGUCGGUUAUUAUGGCCGUGGCUUUCCACUGUUUCUCAGGAACAAGGUGUUCAUCUACCGGGGGAAGGAGUAUGAGCGGAGAGAAGAUUUUCAAGGAGAGUUGAUGACUGAAUUUCCAAAUGCAGAGAGAAUGAACACAACGUCACCCCCUGCAAGGAACAUCAAAGACUCACCGGGGCAGUUCAUUCAAUGUUUCACUGUUCAGCCAGUCCUAGAGGAACCAUCCCGCUUCAAGGACAAGCCAGUGCCUGACCAAGUCAUAAACUUCUACAAGACAAAUUACGUGCAGAAGUUUCAGUACUCACGACCGGUCCGAAAGGGAACAGUGGACCCAGACAAUGAAUUUGCUUCAAUGUGGAUUGAGAGGACAACAUUUAUCACAGCUUAUAAAUUACCUGGAAUUCUGCGUUGGUUUGAAGUCAGUUCCAGUUCCACUAACAUCAUCAGCCCCCUGGAAAAUGCGAUUGAGACAAUGCAGAAAACCAAUGAGAAGAUCCUUACCUUGAUCAGCCAAUACAAGGGCGAUGACCAUCUUCCCAUCAAUCCUCUCUCGAUGUUGCUGAAUGGUAUUGUGGAUCCCGCGGUUAUGGGUGGAUUUGCUAAAUAUGAGAAGGCUUUCUUCACGGAUGCUUAUUCACAAGAGCACCCAGAAGAUUGGGAGAAACUGUCUCAUCUCAAGGAUCUCAUAGCUUGGCAGGUCCCACUGCUUGAAAAAGGAAUAAAGCUUCACAGAAAAAGAGUGUUGGAUGACCUACGGCCUUUCCAUGACCGAAUGGAAGAAUGUUUCAAACAGUUAAAAAUUAAAGUACAGAAAGAGUAUGGCUUAAGGGAGCUGCCAGAUGUUGAUGAAAAACGGGCAAGCCGGCCAAGAUCUAUGCUGAGAUCCUACCGGCAAGUGUCCAUGAUCUCCCUCUCCUCCAUGAACGCUGAAUGCAACACACCAACCAAAGUGACUGCUGACAGCAAUGUGGUUCCAGACAGCCCUAGGCCAAGGACACCAAUUGCCAGGCCUGAAGAAAAGGCUCCAGAUCGGGCCAUCAAAGAGGAAGUGGAGGUCAAACUAAGGAAGGAGAAAAAGAGGCAAAAGAGGAGCAGUGUGGUGUUUGCAGAUAGCAAGACAGAGCCUUCAGACACCAAAAGGCUGUCAAGAAAGCAGGAGUUUAGGAGUGACACCAACCUGUCGGACCAAGCUGAGAAACGCCCAGCUUCUGUGCUGAAGCAGAUGAGCUUUGCCAGUAGAUCAGUGCCAACAAUCCCAGCUCUGAUCUUUGCUGUGGCAAAUGGGGGUGAAGAACAAACCCUUGACCAGAAUGCGAUGAAAAGGAUGAGUCAGCCGAUGUUUGUUCUCCCCCCCGAUGAGAAUGAGGGAGAGAAGAAGAGCACUCCCAAGAGUAAAAAACCUUCAUUCUUUAAGAACCGGCUGACUUCAAAGAGCACAGAAGACAGCAAGUAAGCUGGGGAUAAGCUCUCCUUCGUGAAUCUGAAUGGAGGUUCGUCGGGGCGGAGAGCACAGCUCCAGGGGCUGAAGAUGUGGUGGGAGAUCCACCUUGGUCACGGCACUGCAAACAGUAACCAUUUUGAAAACUUGUUGGUGCGCAAUUCGUGUGACUCAUGGAAUCCUUUUUUUGUUUUUAAAAGCCCUUGUUUUCAGUACAAUGGUCCUGCUCUAAUGGAACUUCAAAGAAUAAAUCAUGAACAGUUCUGGCACACUUUGACCUCUCAAACAGCGUUCAUCCCUCAAAGGUGGCAAGUGUUGCUGUAGCAACCGAGCAAAAGGAACUGCUCAUUUACACACUUGCAAGGAAUGACCCUCCAGGUCCUGGGCUUUGAAGCUAACGUGAAGUCUCAGUGCUUUUUCAUAACCUUCAUUUCUAAGCUGAGUCCAAAAAUUGCUAAUGUUCAUUUGUUGCAAUGCACUAAUUAAAGUGAUACUAUCAGAA